AGAAGAUGAUGGAGAAAAAACUCUAGCUAUUGUUCAACAAACCGAAGCUUCAACUUCAACUGAAACCGGAAAGAAGAAGAGGGUGAUCACUAAACCAGCUAAUUCCCACAUGCCUCCCCCUCACUUGAUGGUUACACCGAAAAAGGGUGAGCUUCCAAAGGGUUCAACUUCAACUGAAACCGGAAAGAAGAAGAGGGUGAUCACUAAACCAGCUAAUUCCCACAUGCCUCCCCCUCACUUGAUGGUUACACCGAAAAAAGGUGAGCUUUCAAAGGGGACCCCAGGAGAUAGUGGAAAUGUUCUUUUUGGAUACAAAGACUCAUGGGCAUGUACGAUCCAUAAUAUUAUCGAUCAUAAGCAUGACGCCCGUCUCAUGAGGCGCCAAGCUUCAUGUUCAGUGACUAAGACUUGGAAUCUUGAGGAUGAAUAUGAGGAGGUGAAAGUGAUUGUCAAGAACUCCGGGUUGUGGCCUGCGGUGGAGAGUUCGAAUAUUGAACAUGAUAGAGUUACCGUAUUUGCAUUCUGUGAGAGGUUCUACGGAGAGACUGAUACAAUGUUAUUCCCAUUCGGUGAGAUGGCGAUAACUCCCGAUGAUGCUCAUCAAAUUCUAGGCCUCGAGGUUCCACGUCCCAAAAAACUAUUAACGUCGCUUACACUCCACCGCCAGCUCUAGAACAUUGGGAUGAUAGACGUGGUCGUUACAUCGAUGUGAGUCUUUUGGAUGAGGUGACCACCGGUAAUGAAGCUAGUGAGAGAUACAUGGCGUGGUACUUGGGUUGGGCUCGUCCUACUCUGAUUAGGGAAAUGACUGCUGGAGAAUUGGCUCGUAAGAGGAAGAUGGCAUCGAAAGACCCAGCAACAAGUCUUAAGUUCUUUUUAAGUAUUUUAGAGUUGCUCUUACUAUUUUAAGAUUACAUUAUCGAAUCAUUCUAUUAAUUGUUUGUUGUUUAAUUGAAAAUAGAAGGAGCAGUUGAAGACCUUUGUGAAGGUGUUGUGUUGCGCGAAAGACCGAGGAGAGCCUUUGUCGAUUGAAGAGCAAAGCAAGCACAUUGACUAUGCUUCCAAUAUUGACAAUGAGGAUGCCCAUGAAUUUUUCAAGCAAGCUGAUGCUGAAGUAAAGAGGGAAGAAAAAGCCAGGAGGGAAGCACAAGCCAAGAUGGAUGCUGACAAAAAGAGGGCUCGUAGCGGUCGUGGUGGUGAAGGUAGUAGUAGUGGUAGUGUUCCUAAACGGGGUCGUGGUCGUGGUGGUGAAUGAAUGCUUUCCUUGUUUAUUUCUUUAUGUUGUGGUGGACAAUGUUUACGUUAAUGGUGUGGACAAAUGUUUUUUUAAGG